AUGCGAAGGGUAGGAGAACAUUUGGCCCCAUGGAGCAAGGCAAGCGGAAACAACAGCUCCCGAUCAAAGAAAGGUACGUUCGAUUUGCUGUUGUUAUUCGAUUCGAUUGCGUGUUUAUAUUUUGAAAUUUGGUUUUUGAUCCUAAUAAUCGACUUUCUAUUUCCUGAAUUUGCGGCGAUGAACUUUGCACAUAAGGCGCUCGAUAAAAUGCCUGUGAGAGCAUUUUCGACUGGAAUGAUGGAAGGGGUCUCGAUGGGGCAAUUCCUUCGAUCGUUUUAUGAACCACAAGAUCUUAUCGUCAAAACGUCUACUCAAAGCCACAAGGUUUCUGCUAUUUUGGUGUUCGGAGACUUCACUUCUGAUCCUGGAAACAACAACUACAUUCUGAACCCUUUCAGGGGCAAUUUCCCACCUUAUGGGAGAGAUUUUGCAAACCAAAAAGUGACAGCGAGCUGUACCAAUGGAAAGAAACACAAUCCUAAUUUUUGA